CCCCCACCCGCAGCGAGUUCGGCUUCUCCGUCGCCGGCAAGCGCAAGCGCUCGCCGGAGUUCCCCUGCGCGUCGCGCUUCCGGCAGCGGCGGCUCAUCUCCUUCCUCGGGCACCACAACUUCAACCGCACCGUGGAUGUGUUGGUGACCCAGACGGACGUGUUCCUGUGCCUGAAGCACAUGGCCUAGCUGGUGGACGCGGGCUCCUGGGACAAGGCCAUCGACUACCUCUCCCGCUUCCUGCCCUCCGACCGCCCGCUCGGCGUCCACGGCCGCGCCCUCUUCCACUACCUCCGCGUGCACAAGGCCAUCGACGACGUGCUCGCUGGAGCCCCGGAGGCCCGCUCCGUCACCACCGCCCUCGACCAGUGCAUCAUCCGCCACCCCACCAAGAGCCACGCCCUCACCAGGCUCCGCGCCAUCUUCUCCUCCCUCCUCUGCUCCAAGAGAUACAGGGCUGUCCUGGACACAGGGCGCGUGAGGCACGAGGCUAAACUGACUAUCGUCGACUUGGUUUGUAAGACUCCAGAGUUGAAAGACCAUAUGCGACCCGCCCGCGGCUCAAUGGAACCCCAGAACGUGCUUCCCAUUGGCUUCGGCUACGCUUGUUUCCGUCCGAGGCGCCACGUGAAGAAACGAGGCGGCCGGAUCCCGGCGUCUGUGCUUGGCAGGCUUUAUCUUGAGAAGAAGAAGAAGAUGCUGCCUUCUUUGACUUCAGACCAUCACUCCCAGGGGUUAACUCGUGGUGGUCCGGUUACUCCAGUCUCACGGACUAAUCUUGCUACCUUCAAAGUGGUUACUAAUCGUACAUUAUUCCGCAAGGCAAAAGAAUGGAUGGUAUAUUUUACAGAGGAAUGUUUGAAAGCUUGGCCAGACGCGAGUCAAGAUGAUCUACCUCAACUUUUCUGCAAGGAUGGUGAUCCUGAUGGCACAGUCUCCCGUACAGUGCCUGGUAGCUUGACUAGUCUUGCUGAAAAUUCAGCGAUUGCAUCAGUCAAAAAGCCAGGUAACUUAGUUGCAUAUUCUGAAAUCUCCAUACCAGGCUAACCCCAUCUGCAAAAUUUGUCUAGAUUGGUCGUUAAAAAACACCAAAUAUUGGCUGACAAGUUAUUUAUAUCACGAUUAACGGAUUUUGAUUUCCCAUUCUUUGAUUUCAUUAAUACAGAUUAUAACUGGUCAUGCUGGUAGUUUUCGUUUGAUGUGCUUUCAUGAGUCUUGCAUUGGUUUGACUCUUCUCUUUUCCUUGAGUCCAUGGUAAUUUCAGAAUAGCCUGCAGCAGGGACAUGCAUAAGCUUGUGUACUGUAUUGCUUGGGAAAAAAGUACUAUGUGUACUGGAAACAUGCGUGCACCUUCUUGGUCAUGUCCACAUGUUCCUUUUUAUACUGCACAUUGGUCCUCCUAAUUUCUUGAUAUAU